AUGCAUACAAGCGAAUACGACUACCUCUUCAAGCUUCUCCUCAUUGGCGACUCCGGUGUUGGCAAGUCUUGUCUGCUUUUGCGUUUCGCAGACGACACCUACACCGAGAGCUAUAUCAGCACCAUUGGAGUGGAUUUCAAGAUUCGUACCAUUGAGUUGGAGGGCAAGACCGUGAAGCUUCAGAUCUGGGAUACAGCGGGCCAGGAGCGUUUCCGAACUAUCACUUCCUCGUACUACCGUGGUGCCCAUGGUAUCAUUGUUGUUUACGAUGUGACCGACAAUGAUACCUUCACCAAUGUUAAGCAAUGGCUUCAGGAAAUUGACAGAUAUGCUUCCGAGGGUGUCAACAAACUGCUUGUGGGCAACAAGUCCGAUUUGACCAGCAAGAAAGUGGUUGAAUACAGCGUUGCAAAGGAAUUCGCCGACCAGCUAAACAUUCCGUUCCUUGAGACCUCCGCUAAGAACGCAACCAAUGUGGAGCAGGCUUUCUUGACUAUGGCGAAGCAGAUCAAGGACCGCAUGGGGUCUACCUCGACACCUUCAGGGGCUGCUAAAUCUUCAACAGUUACCCCUGGACAAACGGUGCAAUCCCAGCAGUCCA